UGUUUCAAAUAGUAUUCAGUCUUGCAUUAGCAUAUUUUGAAGUAUAUUCAAAUCACAGCUUAUAUCAAUACAAUAUUAAAGCACAAUGUCUUUCAAAACUUUAAUCUUCUUUGGACUUUUGGCUGUAGCUCUAGGAUUCACUCUUCCUGGAGACAAUACUCUGGUUGUCAAUGAUUCAGAAUGGGUUUAUGGAGAUGUAGUUCCAGUAGCUGAUGAUGUUGUUCUUGUUAGAAAAGCCCGAUCACCUCAGGGAACAUUGACAGGUGCUUUUGAACACACUCCUGAAGAAGGCUCAAGUGCAAAUGUAUACUAUAACCAACAACUCGCCAAAAAUUUGGAAUUGUUCGGAGGAGCUGGAAGGAAUUUCAGAUAUAAUGAAAAUCAUGCACAUGCUGGCUUGAGAUAUACAUACUAAGUAAAAAUUAUAAUGAGAA